GGAGCUAUAUCUGUUAUAAUCUUCCCCAACAAAUGAAACUAGCCUAGCAACGGCAAGCAUUAGCAAAGCAAGUAUGACGAAACAAUGGUGAAAUUCGCAAUUGAAAAUGACGAAUCUUUAAGCAAACGAUUGGAAAAAAGAUGCCGAACUUUAGGUUGUUACCGAAACACAUAAUCCUUGUCCGACAUGGUGAGUCCGAAGGCAACAAAGACCCCUCGGUCUACACGACAACCCCCGACUACAAGAUCUCCUUAACCGAACAUGGCCGAGCCCAAGCCCGACUUGCUGGUUCCCGGCUCCGGGACCUCAUUUCGACCAAGGGGCCUUCCCAAGAUUGGCGGGUUUACUUCUACGUAUCUCCUUACGAGCGCACCCGAUCCACGCUACGGGAGAUUGGGAAAUCGUUCUCGAAGAAAAGAGUGAUCGGUGUGAGAGAAGAGUGUAGGAUUAGGGAACAGGAUUUCGGGAAUUUUCAGGUGGCUGAAAGGAUGAGGAUUACAAAAGAAACGAGGGAAAAAUUUGGGAGGUUUUUUUAUAGGUUCCCUGAAGGUGAAUCUGCUGCAGAUGUUUUUGAUCGAGUUUCCAGUUUUCUUGAAUCUCUUUGGAGAGAUAUAGACUUGAAUAGGUUUAACAAUAAUCCUUCUCAAGAAUUGAAUCUGAUAAUAAUCUCACAUGGUUUAGCCUCUCGGGUGUUUCUAAUGAAGUGGUUCAAAUGGUCAGUCGAGCAAUUUGAGGGGCUAUAUAAUCCUGGCAAUUGCGAGAUUCGAGUUAUGGAGUUGGGACCUGGUGGAGAAUAUAGCUUGGCGAUCCAUCAUACCGAUGAAGAGUUGCAAGAAUGGGGGCUCUCUCCUGAAAUGAUAGAAGAGCAGAAAUGGCGAAUCAAGGCCAACAAAGCUGAUUUGAACUAUCAUUCUAAAUGGUAUCUUAAUUCGUUUUUUGACCAAGAAAUAGACUCAGAUGCAGAUGUCUCAGAAGAUGUUGUUUCAGAUAAUGAAUUCGAAGAUGUCAAAGAAGAAAAUUCAGAUGAUGAUUCCAAAGACAAUUUUUUAGAUACCUAUUCUUAAGAUUUCGAAACAUGUGCCAUAAACUCCCUGUUGGAAAGCUCAUUAUUUGUAGAUCACUCAUCCGUCAAGUCCUUUUUUUCCCCUUCCUUUUUCUAGAAUUCCACCAUUAUUUUUUGUUUGUGAUAAAUGAGAUACCAAAUUGAAGUUCCAACAUCGGCUAAUACUGGGAACUGAGUUAUCUCCAUAACCGGCAGCUCACAAAGGACAAAACGGCAGGUUGAACUUCAGAUCCAAUUGCAGACACUAGUGCUUCUUAUUCCUUUGAUACUGCAGAAGCUAUGGUCUUACAGCUCAGGUGUUGUCUGAUACGAGUAUGUGUCUGACACGGGUAUGUUCCAAAUCUGGGUAUGCUUCAGAUACGGAUGCUUAAAGAAAAAUGAAGAAUCGGAAUAAGUACUGCAGAAAGUAACACCUUCAGCUGAUGUUCUUGAGCCACGGGAUGCAUUGCUGGGCUAGCCAUGGAGCUCAAUAUUGCCAAUGAAGUACCGAGGGAAGGUAAUCAAUCUGAAACCUGAUGAGAACUAUGGCCGAAUGGUACACUUUUCAUUGCAUAUGAUUUUCUUAGAAUGUUUUCUUUGUAUGGGAAUGGA